UAUAUCUGAUAGUUUGACAUUCUUUGCAUCAUUCAAAUUAUUAUAUUUUUAUGUAAUUUUUACAGAGACCAAGGUCUCUUUUACAGAUGAACCCUGAUAUUUAUAGGUUUAGUUUCAGAUUGGCAGCUUUUUGUGAUGCUAUUAGGCUAUUCUUAAUUGGUAUUGGGAACACCAUAACUUAUGAGUCACAACAUUUAAUUUAACAGCAAGCCAUCCCAAAGGUAACUUUAAGAAUAUACUUUUUUACAAACUUUCAAGAAAGAAGACACCAACUAUGUCUUUGGAGGACUCGUUCAUUUUAAACCCUGAGAACAUGAUUUUUAACGUAUCGCAAGUGUCCAGUAUCAACACUGAGGUCCAGACGCACUACAUUUGGCUGCCUGGUAUUGCUAUCGCCACAGUCUACGGAUUUCUAAUAAUUAUUGGACUUAUUGGUAACGUCACGCUAAUGAGGACGUUUAUCACAGUUAAAUCCAUGCGGACGGUGCCCAACCUGUUCAUGUCCAGCCUCGCGCUCGGGGACCUGCUGCUUCUAGUCACGUGCGCUCCGGUGGACGCCAGCCGGUACCUCGCGGACAAAUGGCUCUUCGGCCGGGUGGGAUGCAAACUCAUCCCGUUCAUCCAACUCACCUCCGUCGGCGUCUCCGUUUUCACACUCACUGCGCUCUCUGCAGAUAGGUACAAGGCCAUUGUCAAACCCAUGGACAUCCAGACGUCCACAGCUAAGAUCUGCUUCCGAGCAGCAGCCAUAUGGCUCUUCUCCAUGACCCUGGCCGUUCCUGAGGUGGUCUUCUCCGACCUUCACACCUUCAACAUCGGCCAGACCAACGACACCUUUGUGACAUGCGCUCCCUACCCCCACGCCGGGGAACUGCACCCUAAGAUCCACUCCAUGGCCUUCUUCCUCAUCUUCUACAUCAUCCCCCUUCUCAUCAUCUCUGUGUACUACUGCUUCAUCGCACGCAGCCUGAUCCAGAGCGCCUCAGACAUGCCCGUGGAGGCACACUUACACAUCAAAAAACAGAUUGAGUCCAGGAAGCGUCUGGCUAAGACAGUCCUGGUUUUUGUGGGUUUGUUCGCUGUGUGCUGGCUCCCCAGUCAUGUGAUCUACCUGUACCGCUCCUACCACUACGGCCAGGUGGACACGUCCCUGGGACACUUCAUCGCCAGCGUGGGUGCCCGCGUCCUGGCCUUUACCAACUCCUGUGUCAACCCUUUUGCCCUCUACCUGCUCAGCAAUAGCUUCCAGAAGCAGUUCAACAAGCAGCUCCACUGCCGCCGUCGUCCACCAAUCAACUGUAAUGCUCAGAGCACGGGGCGGAGCAACACGCGACUGACCUCGGUCAAGAGCAACAAUCAGUCUCUGGCUAACUUCAGCCUCGUCAACGGGGCUCAUGUUAGCCAGGAAGGCUGUGUGUAGUGACUGUGCUAAAGAUGAUGCUUUAGACUUGUAAAAGUGACAUUCCAAGACUGACAUACUGCCAACCAAUCAAAUCACAGAAUAAUUUAUGGCUGUAACCCAAAUACUGUAGUGGGCCUGUGUUCUAACUCCAAGUGUUGAUAUUGUAGCACCAUUCAUUCAUUCCAAUUCUAUGGUUGAUAUGCAGGGCUUCAGUAUAUGCAACCCAUGAUCCAUGAUUGAUACAAAGUGUUUUAUUUUAAGCAGGGGUGGAAAGAGUACUGAAAUAUCCUACUCAAGUAGAAGUUACUUUAACUACAUUUUACUCAAGAUGUACAUUUACUGGUGUAAAAAAAACUCCUCAAGUAAAAGUGAAAAAUAGCUCAUUUAAAAAGUACUCAGAAAAAGUUAUUGAGUAUAUUAUAUAUUACAAGUAGUACAAGUACUUGAAAAAGCUACUCAAUUACAGUAACGGGAGUAGUUGUAAUUAGUUACUUUACACCUCUGAUUUUAAGUUUAGAAUUUAUCAUCUUAACAGCUACUGCUAUGUAUGCAAACCAAUGUGUCUCAGUCCUCCGGAGAUGCAGUUCUGUUCUGGUUUCUCAUUAGAACUGUAUUGAUCCAUUAGAGAAGUUCUUAGAGAAGAUGACAACCCAACCAGGUGUGAAUAAGAUGCCGAUGACAAGGUAGUGAAGAGAGGUACUGGAGCUGCCAUUGUGUACACGCGCCUAAAGGACAGUUCUGUAGGGAUAUCUCCAGCUGACUAAAACACCAACAACCUCAGUGCUUUGAAAGAUACAUAUUAGAUUGUUGUUUAUAUGAGUGUUUGAAUUCUGUAGCCUACACUGAAAGAUCCACUUCCUUAAUAACAGCUGCCCAGGAGUAGUCAGUCCUGCAUCAAAGGCUUGGAAACGUUCUAUCUACAAUCCCAUAGACAUCUCAACUCAUAAACAUCUCAGCAUUGGUUGAAGAGAUAUAAAUAUCUGUAUACAGUUCAUUGUACGGAUCAGACUACAGUACAGUGCAUUAGGAAAGUAUUCAGACCCCUUGACUUUUUCCACAUUUUGUUACGUUACAGCCUUAUUCUAAAAUAGAUUAAUUACAUUUUUCCAUCAUCAAUCUACACACAAUACCCCAUAAUGACAAAGCAAAAAUAGGUUUUUGGAAUUUUUUGCAAAUGUAUAAAAAGUAUUAAAAGUACCUUAUUUACAUAAGUAUUCAAACCCUUUGCUAUGAGACUCAAAAUUGAGCUCAGGUGCAUCCUGUUUCCAUUGAUCAUCCUUGAGUCAAGUUUCUACAACUUGAUUGGAGUCCACCUGUGGUAAAUUCAAUUGAUUGGACAUGAUUUGGAGAGACACACCUGUCUAAAUAAGGUCCCAUAGUUGACAUUGUAAAAACCAAGCCAUGAGGUCGAAGGAAUUGUCCCAAGAGCUCCGAGACAGGAUUGUGUCGAGGCACAGAUCUGGAGAAGGGUACCAAAAAAUGUCUGCAGCAUUGAAGGUCCCCAAGACCACAGUGGCCUCCAUCAUUCUUAAAUGGAAGAAGUUUGGAACCACCAAGACUCUUAGAGCUGGCCGCCCGGCCAAACUGAGCAAUUGGGGAGAAGGGCCUUGGUCAGGGAUGUAAUGGUCCCGAUGGUCCCGAGUUCCUCUGUGGAGAUGGGAGAACCUUCCUGAAGGACAACCGUCUCUGCCUCACACCACCAAUCAGGCCUUUAUGGUAGAGUGGCCAGACGGAAGCCACUCCUCAGUAAAAGGCACAUGACAGCCUGCUUGGUUUGCCUAAAGGGACCUAAAGGACUCUCAGACCAUGAGAAAAAAGAUUUGCUGGUCUGAUGAAACCAUGAUUGAACUCUUUGGGCUUAAUGCCAAGCAUCACAUCUGGAGGAAACCUGGCACCAUCCCUACGGUGAAGCAUGUUGGUGGCAGCAUCAUGCUGUGGAGAUGUUUUUCAAUGGCAGGGACUGGGAGACUCGUCAGGAUCGAGGGAAAGAUGAAUGGAGCAAAGUACAGAGAGAUCCUUGAUGAAAAUCGUCUCCAGAGUUCUCAGGGCCUCAGACUGGGGCAAAGGUUCACCUUUCAACAGUACAACGACCCUAAGCACACAGCCAAGAUAAAGCAGGAGUGGCAUCGGGACAAGUCUCUGAAUGUCCUUUAGUGGCCCAGCCAGAGCCUGGACUUCUCUGGAGAGACCUGAAAAUAGCUGUGCAGCGACGCUCCCUAUCCAACCUGACAGAGCUUGAGAGGAUGUGCAGAGAAGAAUGGGAGAACCUCCCCAAAUACAGGUGUGCCAAGCUUGUAGCGUCAUACCCAAGAAGAAUCGAGGUUGUAAUCGCUGCCAAAGGCGCUUCAACAAAGUACUGAGUAAAGGGUCUGAAUACUUAUGUGAAGGUGAUAUUUCAGUUUAAAAAUGUUAAUACAUUUGCAGAAAUUCUAAAAACCUGUUUUUGCUUUGUCAUUAUGGGGUAUUUUGUGUAGAUUGAUGAGAAUUAUUUUAUUUUAAAUCAAUUUUAGAGUAAGUCUGUAACGUAACACAAUGUGGAAAAGGACAAGGGGUCUGAAUACUUUCUGAAUGCUCUGUAUAUCUGAUUGUUUGGGUCAGAUGAAAAGUGACAGUUAUGUCCAAGAGUAGUUCGAUGUUGUCCAAAGUGAUACUUGUGUUUCUCAAUGUUUGAUAAAUAUAAAAAGUAAUUCUCUCUGGGUGAAUUGAAUAUUUUGUUGUUGUUUGAGCAUUUUCUGGUGUCUGUAAAAGCACAGCUUGGCACGCCAUCAUGUUAUUUGAUCUACAUUUAUUUGUAGAACAAGCUUGUGUUGUCUUGUUUACAGUGCCAAAGUUUUUAUUGUGUUAAAAAUAAGUGCCAAUAUAUUUUUAGCAGUACAUUUUUUAAUGUUUUUUAU